AUGUUCAAGGAAAAGGAAGCGGAGGUCAAUGUGACGUCUGACACCGAAGAAAACGAAGUCUUUAAAAAGACAACGGACGGUGUCAACUUCCGGAACGUCGGAUGGUUCAAGGCUUGCAUCAUCUUCACGAAGGUCAUAUUUGCAACUGGUGUUUUAUCAAUUCCGUCUGCUCUCUACUCGCUGGGGGCGGUGGGCGGAGCAAUCAGCAUUGUAGCAUGGGGCGCCUUCAACACAUACUGUUUUGUGAUUCUUGGGGGUUUUCGUGAGAGACAUCCCGGAUGUCACUCAAUCGCCGAUAUGGUAUUGGUCACUGGUGGCCCUAUUGCGAAAGAAAUCACUGGCAUCCUGUUUAUCAUUGCCUAUGUUCUCUGUGCGGGCACUGGAAUCAUUGGCGUGGCUACGGGUCUAAAUGCACUCUCCCACCAUGGAGCUUGUACCGUGUGGUGGUCCUUUCUUGCCGCAGUGGUGAUCGUUCUUACGGCGUCAGUCCGGAAACUCGAACACGUUGGGUGGCUCACAUACGCCGGGUUUUCUUCGAUUUAUAUUGCAGUUUUCAUAGUCGUGGUUGGAGUCACCCAGCUUUCCCGACCGGCUGCGGCCCCUCAAACUGGGCCGUAUGACUUGGGAUAUCACGCCUUUAACAACCCUGGGUACGCCGCCGGUAUGGUUGCAUCUAGCACUAUCUUCGUCUCCUCCGCAGGCACAAGUGCUUUUCUGCCCAUCAUUUCGGAGAUGCGCAACCCGAGGGACUACAAAAAGGCUCUUUACCUUUGCAUGGGCGGCGUUACUGCCUCAUAUCUCUGUUUUAGUGUGGUAGUCUAUCGUUGGUGCGGAAAAUGGGUUGCUAAUCCUUCAUUGGGCAGCGCAGGACAAACAGUCAAAAUGAUCUCGUACGGCAUUGCAUUGAUAGGACUUGUUGUGAGCGGUUGCCUCUAUUUGCAUAUCGCCGCAAAGUAUCUCUUUGUCCGACUGCUUCGAAACACCCAACACUUGCAAGCCAACACAUUUGUCCAUUGGUCGACAUGGUUCGGCUGCACGAUUGUCCUUGGUACCCUUUCGUUUAUCAUUGCAGAGGCCAUUCCGAUCUUCAACUACUUGGUCGCCCUACUGGGCUCACUCUGUUUCGCACCCCUGGCCAUGAUCAUUCCUGGUUGGCUGUGGCUUUUCGAUCACGGUGACUACAGAAAGGGCACUAUUCGCCAGAAGACCAUUUACUUGCUCCACGUUGGCCUGAUUCUCCUAGGCCUUUUCUUUUUUAUCGGGGCGACGUACGGGGUUAUUUUGCAAAUUAUUGACGCAUAUGCGUCGGGACUCAUUGGAUCUGCGUUUUCUUGUGCCGACAACUCCAAUUCGUCCUAGACUGGGUAUGGGAUUGUUGCUGGGAGGGUGUUUUCACCGUCCGUCUAGUGUAUAUGGUAGACGGGAUGGGAUUAUCGUAAUUGGCAAUUAAUUUGAACAAUAUGAAGCAAUUUUAGUAAUAAUUGAGUGACAAAAAUUUCCAUCGCCCUUUGUGCCGUGGUUAGAAAAUAGAAAAUUAAAUUUCCUUCCCCUGGCAUACUGAGCAUCAAAAUAUUAGGCCACUAGGGCAAAAGAGCUCAAUCGCCACCAGCGCCAUGGUGUGGUCUAGAGGGGACGAAUCACCCAAUCCAACCCCUCCAACACAAAAUGACCGGGCAGAGUUAGUUAGUUGCACGUGGGAAUUUUCAACCACAGCAAAUGCCGAGCACCAAAAUGGUUAGAGCUGCAUUUAUUUGUUCACUUAAUAUCUCCAUACAAGGACUCGGGUACAUAAAUUGGCCAAGUCGCCAACAUUAUCGCAAAAAUAGCAAAACACCAGAGCUGUAUCCACCGGCUCAGUAAUAAUCACCGAGAAUGCUAGAGAGCAAUAAACCAAAUACGCCUUGCAUUAUCGUUCACCGAUGUUUCUUUAAAUUGGCUCAACUAUACGCAGCAGACUUGUUGUCUUCAGGGAGUCGGCUCAUAUCUAUCAUUGUAUAUAAUCCAUUAAAAAAAUAAAAAUAACAAUAGAAAAAAAAUAA